AUGUGCAUGCAGGAUAUCUGGUGUCAUAUACAUUCCUUAAUGCCAAUUCAAGAUGCUGCCCGAGCUGCCUGUGUGUCUCAGACCUUUUUGCGUUCCUGGAGAUGCCGCCCUAACCUCGAUUUUAGUAGGGAAACAUUGGGCUUAAUAAAUGAAAAUACGUGCAGAAAUGAGGAAACACAAAGGGACAUCACCAGCAUAGUUGAUCACAUUCUGCAAAACCACUCAGGCAUUGGAGUGAAGGCAGUCAAGUUUCAAGAUGAUUCAUAUUACAAUAAUCAAGACUUCUGUCAUCUUGAUCUCGAGCGUUGGCUUCGGAAUACUAUUAAACCAGGGAUUGAAGAACUGAACAUUUCUCUGUAUGGAAGGAAUACACUGUACAACUUUCCAUGCUCACUUUUAUCUGAUGAAAUUGGAGAGUCACUCCGUAGUCUUCACCUUGUCCGCUGUUACUUUCAUCCCACAAUCGGACUUGGUUCCUUGAGAAACUUGAGAAGAAUACAGCUGUGUGGCGUAUCUAUUACCGACAGCAAGCUAGAGUGUCUUCUUUCCAAUUCUCUCUCUUUGGAGCAGUUGGUACUCAGGGAUUGCAGUGGGAUUAUUUGCCUGAAAAUACCUUGCCUGCAGCGGCUUAGCUACCUUGAGGUGAACGCUUGCCUUGGGCUGGAAGUGUUAGAGAGCAAAGCUCCAAAUCUAUCUAGUGUUCUCAUUGCAGGAGACCUCCAUGUACAACUCUCACUUUUGGAAACGUCGCGUAUUAUAAAAUAUUUUAGAUUAUGUCCUGGUGCUGCCUUUUAUGCUCGUACUGAGCUUCCAUCCAGCAUGCCAAAUCUCGAGACUCUUACCUUAGUUUCAGGAACUGAGACGGUUAAUACGCCGGUAAUGCCUAGCAAAUUGCUCCACCUCAAGUUCUUGGCUAUUGCUCUUGAUGGACAGACCUAUGAUUGUUUUUCUCUGUUAUCCUUUUUUGAUGCUUCUCCUUUCCUGGAGACUUUCAUCUUGAAUGUAUUAUCGGUACGUGUGGAGCGUGUCUCAGUUUUUGAAGAUCCCUCGGAUCUGAGGAAGAUGCCAGAGAACCAUAAUGACAAGCUCAAGUGUGUUCGAAUCACCAAUUUCUCAUCUGCAAAGAGCUUGAUUGAGUUGACCUGUCAUAUUCUCGAGUCUGCAAUGUCACUCGAGUGCCUCACAUUGGACACCACUCAUGGUGCGCCUAGAUGCUCUGUCAACAAACAUGGCAGAUGCUGGCCAAUGACGAGGGAUGCACUUAUGGAAGCGCAUAGAGCACUAUCGGCUGUCCAGACAUACGUCAAGUCAAAAGUUCCUUCAACAGUCGAGUUAAAUGUUUUUGAGCCCUGUAGCCAGUGCCAUGCUGUUUCACUUUAG